ACCACAAUGUAUCGUCCGAGCAAAUGUUGUGAGAAGUACUUUGAAGACAGUUAAAUUGUAUUUAAAAUUGUUAAAAAGCUUUGGUAAAAACGGCAUCGAAUUGACGCACCAAAAUGGCAUCUCGCGGCGGUCCAAUGGUCGCGGGCACCGAUGGCAAUGAUUUCGAGUUUAGGCAGAAAGUGGCAAACACAUAUCAAAUUAGCUUGUUGAACAAAUCGCGUCUGAAGUACUGCAUUUUCUUUCAUGCCCUGCUAUUCUUUGUCAUGCUGGCCAAGCUGACGUCUGACAUAUUGGAUCGCUUGGAUAUAUUUGUGCUCGAAAUCGAAGAGUUGGAGGUGCCGCAGCCACUGUGGUGGGAAUACGUUUGGGCUGCCUCGCUGCUCACAUCGUUUCUGGGCCUCUCAGCGGCACGUGGCAACAAGGUCCGCGAUAUGCAAAAGUAUAUGAUUGCCAUUUUGAUAAUGGCUGUGCUCCCGCUGCUUUACUGUUUCGCCUAUUACUUUGCCGACGUUUGGGAGUUUUUGACCAUGGACAAGGCCGUGGAGCUGGACGAAACAGACAUUUUCGUAUGGCGCGGAUUUCCGUAUGGUGUAUUUUGGUAUGCCUUUUGUUUUGUGGGCUUUCAGAUUCAUGGGUUCACACUUUACUUUGCGUACAAUCUAGUCAAGGCCUGGAAGGCGCGAUCAUCCACACGUAAAUUUCAAUAAAUCAAUAGAGUCGUGGAAAUACUACUAAAUACUCGCCAAAUUAGUGAAACGUCAAAGCAAGAUGCUGUAGGGCUAGUUGUAAAUAAUUUGAAGAAACAAAACUUAAAACUAUCUCUCUAGUGCACAAAAGCAAAACAAAAAUAAUAAUAAAUCACACAUUUUUAGUAA